AUGAAGCUGUCACUGCUCAUCACCUCCGCCAUUGCUGCGACCGUUGAGGCGCACGGUAUUUUCCAAAAAAUUUCGGUCAACGGAAACAACAAGGGGUCGCUCGAGGGCUUGCGAGCGCCAUCGACCAACAACCCAGUGCAAGACGUGACCAGCCCAUCUUUGAUCUGUGGCGCGGCUGGUUCCACAUCACAGACGGUAGUCGCUGCGAACGCGGGCGACAAGAUUGGAGCGUGGUUCCAGCAUGUUAUCGGUGGCCCACAGGGCGCCAACGACCCAGACAACCCGAUCGCGGCCAGCCACCACGGCCCGGUGAUCGCAUACAUGGCCAAGGUCGACAACGCGGCGACGUCAAGCCACCAAGGGCUGCAGUGGUUCAAGAUCGGACAGGACACGUACGACACGUCGUCGAAGAAGUGGGGCGUCGACAACCUCAUCGCCAACAACGGAUGGGCCUACUUCAACAUCCCCUCCUGCCUUGCACCGGGCCAAUACCUCAUGCGCGUGGAGAUCAUUGCGCUCCACUCGGCGUACAGCGCAAACGGCGCACAGUUCUACUCGUCGUGCCUGCAGCUCAACGUCGGCGGCUCCGGGACUAAGACGAUGUCCCCCGCGGUGUCAUUCCCGUUCUACAAGCAGAACGACGCUGGCAUUCAGACCAACAUCUACGGGGCCUCGGGUGCGGCCGACAACGGCGGCAAGCCAUACCAGGCCCCAGGGCCGGCCGUGGCAACUUGCUGA